AAGCUUUACUCAGAACAUUCAAUUUCGGCCCAAUCGAUUCUCCGGCGUUAGCAAAUCCUCCGUUCGCAUUUUCCGCUAUUUUCGUCCUUUGAAAUUGUUCUGAUGGAUGCAUGAUCAUGAGUCUCUGACUUCUGCAUUACUCAGGUGGUGAUUUCCCUUAUGUGUCCUAAACGCAUAUGAGUUGAUUGAAAGAUUGAUAGCUUCUUGCUAGAUUAGUAUCAUGGGAUACAAUCGGCAAAAAGAUAAGAAUGGUUACCGUAGUUCAUCAAAGGGUAAUGGCGAUGAUGGUACAUCAGCUAGGACAAGACCUCUCAGUUUUGAUGACAUCAUGCUUAGAAGGAAAAGUAAGGAAGAGGAACUGGACAUUAAGAACAAUUUUGUAGGAGCUGAGAGUGUAUCGCGUAAAGAGGACAGGCAUAAGAGGACUACUGAUGGUUUAGAACCUGAGCGAAACCGCUACGAUGAGUCAUUACCUAGUGCUUCCAGACAUACUUCGGAGGAUUCUAGGAAGUUAGCAUCAAGGCAAACAGAGAAUAAUAUGAUGGCUGAAAAAUUAGCUAGGGGUAAACAUAAAGAUAGUAGAGAAUCUGAAAUCAAAUCAAAGACAUCAGUGAACAAAGAUGUAAGCAAUAAGAGACUAGCUGGUAGCAAAACCGACAAAGAUUAUCUUGUCCGGAGAAGAAAAGAUGAGGAAUUUGUUGAUGAUUCUGGAAAUGAAACUGGUAAAAGACAUUCAAGAGAUUUGGCCCGGAAGGAGAGAUCGACAGAUAAAACUGACAGAAGACGCGAUGAGGGAAGAAAAGACAAAGAUCCUGAUAAGGAUGAGAGACAGUCAUACAGGAAGAGGAAAGAUAUGGAAGUGCCAAGUGAUGCUCCUCUGGAUGAGGCUGAGAAAAGGCAUUCAAGAAAUUAUGGACGGAGAGAUAGUGACAAAACUGAAAUAAAGUCUGAAUCAGGUAGAAGGAAGCACCGAAGUGAUGACGAGGAGAGAAACAGAGACAAGAAUGCCGAUAAAAAACACAGUUCAUCGAAAGUUUCUGAAGUUACCGGAAGGGUGGAAUCUUCUCGGGCUCAGCUGGAGGAAGAAAGACCAAAGAGAAGGCGGUCAAGAAGUCGAGAGUAUGAUAAAGAUCGAGGUAGAAGGUCUCGUUCUGGGUCACCAAGAGGACUUAAGCAUUCAUCUCAUGAUCACAGAGAGCGUGGUGAGUUUUCCUCGCAUUCUUCCAAAGAUAAAUCUGGAAGAUCACAUUAUGAUCUGGAUAAAAAGAUAUCCAGCAAUGGUUCAGAUAGCCACUCCAAGCGCCAUGCAGAAUCUACAAGUGGGCUUGGGGGCUAUUCACCAAGAAAGAGGAAAUCAGAGGCUGCUGCUAAAACUCCUCCUCCAACUAACCGCUCUCCAGAUCGGAAAAAUGCUGGGUGGGAUCUACCACCUGCAUCAGCUGGAAGUAAUGUUACUGGUUCUGUUCCUUCUAGCGUUCAGUCUUCAAUGCAAUCUGUAAUACCAAAUAUACAUCAGCUCUCUAGCGUGGUUCCUGCUAAUACAUUUACAACAAAGACUGCUGGCGUUUCAUAUAAUUACUUAUUUUCAUCUAUACAUGCAACUGAUUCGGUCCAGCUGACACAAGCAACACGGCCUAUGAGAAGGCUUUAUCUAGAAAACUUGCCAAACUCCGCCUCUGAGAAAGAUAUUCUGGACUGGAUUAAUCAUUCUUUGCUGUCUUCAGGAGUCAAUCGCAUUCAAGGAACACUACCAUGUAUCAGCUGUAUGAUACACAAGGAUAAGCGCCAAGCUCUUCUAGAAUUUUUAACCCCCGAGGAUGCUUCUGCUGCACUUUCUUUUGAUGGCAGAUCCUUCUGUGGUUCUAUUCUUAAAAUCAGGCGGCCAAAAGACUUCGUCGAAGUGGCUGUAAAAAACAAGGUGUCCAUCUUUAUCAUAAAAAAGUCAAGGUCUUCAUCUAGUCAAAGAGUAGGACGCAUGAAGAGGUUUGACUUGUCCUCAAUGCUUGAAUGAUUGUUCAGUGUGGAAGAUAACCUCUGUGAACGGGAUACCAAUCUCAUAGAGUCCCUUAGCAUUUGUUAGCAGUAAUAUAGGCACCAAGAUUAGCAGCAACAUAGGCACCAAAAUUUUGGUAUAGCAUAUGUUUAAGAUGUUAUUGAUAUGAAAUCCUUCUGAUCUUCUCUAAUAGUACCCUCAAUAUCUUUCACCUCCUAUAUCAGAGCAGGGGAAGCUGCACGUCAUUUGAUCAUCCGUUUAACUGGAUAUUGGAGGAUGAUGAUGGUGGUUUCCACUGCAUAAGUGCAAAAGGGAUGAUAUAUAGUUGAGUUAUAUCAAAUGAAGUGAAAUAAAGAAAUAUGGAAAUUGUGGUAGGGCAGUUUUGUUAAUAUGGAACAUUGCCUGCAUGUUGGAUCUGCAGC